GUUAUUGUUAUGGCACAGCUGUCACUCUAAGCCGCAGCCCUCAGCUUUUCGACUCUUAUAUCACGCUAAGGGUCUGCGUCGCAAGGCAAAGCCAGUGGGAUUAAUCCUCCUGACAUUCCAUUGCAGGGCAUAGCCUGACUAGGCUUUCUACCUACCGUCGCUCCUUUGCCUUUUCUUUUCGCAAACACUCAAUUCGCUCCAAGCUGGUCUUGGGAUAACGUUCAUUGCAUUUUUUAUAAUCGACACUUGCUUAGCAUAUCGUUACUGGCCUAGCCGACACCAAGUCUUUCGAUCUUCUUGAUUUUCAGAGUUAUAUUUACAAAAUAUCGCAGCCAUGGCUUCGACAACUUUGAUGACGUUCCUUCUCUGCACCAACCCGCAAGUCAAGUCAGUCAAGCUGUUGGGCUCAUGGGACAAUUUCUCCAAACCUUAUGCCAUGGAGCGAGACAGACGUGUUGGUCCUGGACAGUGGAGGGGAUGUCAUACUUUUGUGAACAUCGUAUGCGAUGGUUCACCGUCGAAUAUGAUGCCAGCACGUUCGGGUGGACUUAAGAUGGGAGGAACCUACUGGUAUUAUUACCUGUUGGACGACGAUAUGGAAUCUUAUAACGAAGCAGAACCAAUUACCACACAUUGUCCAUUCCUUCCAGGCCAGCCGGUCAAUGUUCUCAACGUGCCUGUCAUUCUUCCUGAUGCUGUUCCGACUCUGACUCAUUCGAGAAGUCCAAGUGCGCAAAGCGUGGUUCAGCAGACUAUGAACCCUGAAGACAAGUACCUCAACCCUCGGCGACCGCCCAAGCCUAGACCAAAGCUUCCACGCCUCCGAACCUCUCCUCCCUUGUUGGAGCAACCGGCUCCAGCCUGGUCAUUCAGCACUUCCCCGCUGGGCAUCAUUACCAAUAGAAGCGCUUCUCAGCCUAGUAGCGCGACACCAAAGGUCAAGGUCAAUGAAGGUCUCAGGGGCCCCGUCUUCAAGACCGCGCGAUCUGUAUCUCCUCCAAGAUCAAGAGGACUUCUUGCUGCAUUUCGACAGUGGAACGUAUCGUCUCCUGAGCUUGGAGAUUCGAACCAUCAUGAAGCAGAUCUUACCAGGCCUAGUCCAGACCGGGGACCCUUGCACUCGCACCCACACAUUCCCGCGGGCCGUUUCGAUACGACCCCUCAUCCCAACAUUAUCAUUGAGCGUCCUCCUUCUAGCGGGUAUGAUCAAGCCUACAAACAAACACCUCACACAGGCCAUCACUUGACCCCGGCGGCCGCCGGUGACCGCCAAUCAGUGCCGUCAAGUAAUCAUGACAGACAAGCCCAAAACUCAAUGGAGCAGCAAUCCUUCGCUGAGCAAUCAACCCCACGUGCAAAAGCACGUGGUGAGAAGCAUAUCAAUGCGGUCGACAGGUCACUCUGGGAAUCAUCUGCUUUGCUAGCAACGUCCAUCGGUUUCACUACCACUGAUGAUUCUGCCAUGACACCAAGGCCCUCGGCUCCGAGGGAAAAGCGACUGCCGACUCUACCUAAUUCGCCAUCUUCGGUCAUGGAUGAGGCAUUGCGCGAAAUCGAUGUCCGAGAAAAGGCAUUCGACACGGAGGCUAUGGUUAGUCACUUUUCCGAUUUCACCGAUACAGAGUCUAUGGCAGGCAGCUCUGUAUGCGAACGAAGUCAUUUCUCGGAAUGGAGUACCGAUACGGAGCUUCUUUCCCCGGAGUCCGUGACAUGCCCGACUCCAUUCAAUCACGACGUGCCGCCGCUACCCGAUACUCACGCCUCAGCUUAUGCGGAUUACUUGAAGACCUCUGUAUGCGGAGAUAUGAGCGACCCCGACACUCCCCACCUCACGGUGAACUCUAAAUCCACCGCUACCUCCGUUGCAGGCGAUUCGCCACUCCUAGACCUUCCACUGCCCCGUCUUUCCAUUUCACUGUCCCCAUCUGAUCUUAGUUUGUCUGAUCUGUGCAUUGACGAUGAAGAAGGGCGCGUGGGGAGUAACCCCAAGCGACACGCGGCCUUUUUUGGGGAAGUUGAGUCCGUCAAAGGCCUUGGUCUGCUACAUAGCCCUGAUCCCACUGUAAUGGAUUUUCCGGAUCAUCUCAAAGAUGACCUGGAGGUGCUGCAUGCGGAGAAACGUGCUGUGUCUGAUCCGGUCAACAACCGAUUGAGCAGAGCGUCCCUGUUGGGACAGUCCGCAGCCAUGCGGGAGAUGAUGACCGAAUUGAGUUACCUCAAAGGUAUGAUCGAAUCGGGAGCCAGCGCAGAGAUGUAG